AUGUCUGUCGACUCCAAGACCACCAAUGCCCGCCCGCUCUCCAUUGUCACUCAAGUCUCUCAGAAGCAUGCACCGGUCGUGAGCGCAGGCAAGCUGACACCCGCCUUGAUCCUACAGUGGGAGGCUGCCUGCACUGCCUUCUUUCGAGAACGUGAGGUGAAGGACGAAGAUAAGGUCGCCAAGGUCGCGUUCGGGUUCCAAGACGAGCUCAUCCAAGAUUGGUAUAUCAACGACUCCGAGAACAUCAACGCCAUGACCUUCCCGAACUUCGUCAACAAGAUUCGCUCUCGCUACCUACCACACGAGUGGGAAGACGACGUGUCCACCGUCCUACUGCGGAUGCGUCAGAAGGAGGACGAGCGUUUCGCGGACUGGGUCGUCGCCGUCGAGAAACAAAACAGACUGUUGCGAGGCAGUGACCUUCGUAAGGACGAGAAGGCGCUGAAGGCUCAAAUCACCGCGAAUGCCUGGGUCGACGUCCGCCGCGCCGCAACGAAGAAGGUCUACAAAGAUAUCGUAGACUUCAAGGAAUGGAAGGACGCCUUGUCGGUCUUCGAUGACGAACGGCUGGCGGAACGCGCGAGAAGGUUCAAGGAUAUCGAACGCUUCCUGGCCAGUCAUCAGACAACGCAGAAGGCUACCAAGUCCAACUCCGGUUCGACCGCCACCACCAGUUCCGGUUCUUCGACGGCCAAGGCUUCGACCUCGCAGCGUGUCCCCGCAAUGACUGGCGACGAACGUCAGCUUUUACAAGCGCAUGACGGCUGCUUCAAAUGCCGUCGGCCUUUCGUCAAUCACCGGUCGAAGGACUGCCCGUUCGGGUUCCCCGACCCACGCACCUUCAAGCCUGUCACCCAGGCCGACAUCGAUGCUCACAAGUCUAAGGGGAAGUCCGUGGUCGCCGCGAUAUCUACUCAAAUGGAUGUCGACGACGACGCCGUACACACUGUCGCUGCGGUCAACGCCGGAUCGCCGGCGGCGACCUCGCUGAGCAACGUUCUCGGGUCCGGAACGGACUCCGAGUCCGAUGAGUACGUGGAGCCCCCCCUCUCCUCUUCUCUCUUGCAUCUGCGAGGGGUUAUCCAUGGCCCCUCGCGCCACUCUACUCCUCUGUCCAUGCUCGUUGACUCCGGGUCGUCUACAGUUCUUAUUAGAGACGACCUUGCCAAGGAGCUCAACCUCCGGCGAUAUAAACUCAACGUGCCCUUCGUCAUGGGCUCCGCUUGGAAUGGAGAGAGAAGCGAGGCUUCAGAGUGGGUCAAGCUGCGGGUUUCAACACCCUCCUUCGAAUGGUCUUCCGUCUCAUGUCGUGCCGUCAUCGUUCCGUCCCUGUGCGCACCUGUAAUAUUAGGUCUCCCGUUUCUUCGUAUCAAUCGCCUGAUGCGCGUCUUGGAGCGAGCACAUGCGGCGGCGUGCUUUCGCGAUGUUCUGCGGGAACUCGCACUGGUCCGUAAGCCGUGCCCUGCUCACGUCUCCACAGUGAUCCAAGGCGUUAGCGCGAUUGCUGCUGUACGCGAGCAUGUAGAGGCUCUCGCGGCGGCAGAGGCCUUGAAGACCCAGCUCGCGGAGGAAAACCGCAAGAUGAGGGACAAGUUUGCCGAUUGCUUCCCUUCUGAGCUACCUCCGGUCGACAAUCUUCCUGACGACAUUUACCAUCGAUUCGUGCUGAAGGACGCCAACAUGACCAUCCAGCGACGCCAAUACGAAUCACCUAAGAAGUACCGUGAAACCUGGAAA